CGACGUAUUUCCUGGUGAUCCGGAGUGAAUUAGUGCACGGUAAGGCUGCAGUGUUGUUUGUGGACACGACUGCGGCUUCCCAAAUUGCGGCCCAGUCACAGGCCCAGUCACGUGAACAACGUCCUAGUUCGCUUUCGUCACUUUCCCACGAACACACUCACUCCCUCUCCCCCACCAUCAUUGACCUCUCUCCGAAGCAACCACCGCCUCGCUCUCGCCAUUCUCGCCUUCCGCUCUCUCUAAUACAGCAACACCAACAGUCUCUGAACACAAACACACAAAACAACGCAAAAUGGGUUACGAAGACUCCGUCUACCUCGCGAAGCUUGCCGAGCAGGCUGAGCGCUAUGAGGAAAUGGUCGAGAACAUGAAGGCCGUGGCCUCCGCCGAUCAAGAGCUGUCGGUCGAGGAGCGCAACCUUCUUUCGGUCGCCUACAAGAACGUCAUCGGCGCUCGUCGUGCCUCCUGGCGCAUUGUCACCAGCAUUGAGCAGAAGGAGGAGUCUAAGGGAAACGAGCAACAGGUGACUCUGAUCAAGGAGUACCGCCAGAAGAUUGAGGCCGAGCUCGCAAAGAUCUGCGAGGACAUCCUCGAGGUUUUGGACAAGCACCUCAUUCCUUCCGCCCAGAGUGGCGAGUCGAAGGUCUUCUACCACAAGAUGAAGGGAGACUAUCACCGCUACCUGGCCGAGUUCGCCAUGGGCGACAAGCGAAAGACCUCUGCCGACAAGUCGCUCGAGGCGUACCAGGCUGCCACCGAGGUCGCCAGCACCGACCUUGCGCCAACCCACCCCAUCCGUCUCGGUCUUGCCCUGAACUUCUCCGUGUUCUACUACGAGAUCCUCAACUCCCCUGACAAGGCCUGCCAAAUGGCCAAGACCUCAUUCGACGAGGCCAUCGCUGAGCUCGACACCCUGUCUGAGGAGAGCUACAAGGACUCCACCCUCAUCAUGCAACUCCUCCGUGAUAACCUGACUCUCUGGACCUCUUCCGAAGCCGAGCCUGCUCAAGACGCACCGGCCGCCGGAGAGGGCGAGUCCAAGGACACGUCCGACGCGCCAGCCGGCGAGGAGGCCAAGCCCGCCCAGUAGAUUACGAGUUUCACGUGUUUCCUAACAUACAUCGACGGUCCUUCGUUGAGAGCGGGUGGAGGCAAUGUGCGUUGCUGCUAGAGCGCAGGCGGAGCAUCUCCUUUUCUUGGAACGGUAGAGAGGGUCUUCUUGUUGGCGGGUGGUGGAGAAGACUUGAAAGAUUUUCGAAGCCUGCAAAUGAACUAUGCUAUUCCCCCUACAUCCCUUACAGCCCGCAGCAAAACAAAACAACAAAGCUCAGGAAGAAGACAUGCUCUGAAUAUCCUCAAAAUCCUGAAAGUUCUUCAUGCUUGACUGCGCCGUUUCUUCAUUUCACUUCUCACGUUCCCUGAUGCACCUUGCGUGCCGUGGUUGUAUGCUGUGGUCGCGUUGCACUACGCCCUUGAGCAGUG